GGACUGGCUGCCUGGUAAAAGCAGUGGAGACGGCAGCCCAACGCGAGGCAUUCAUCGUAGGAAAGCCCAACCGGUACAUGUUUGACUGCGUGGCAAGCGAGUUUGACAUCGAUCCCGCCCGUACCAUCAUGGUGGGAGAUCGGCUGGACACGGACAUCCUCAUGGGCAAUAGCUGCGGCCUCACCACCCUGCUGACGCUGACCGGGGUCACCACGCUGGACGAAGUGAAGGGCCACCAGGAGAGCAGCUGUCCUGCCAGGCAGAGCCUGGUUCCCAAUUACUAUGUCGAUAGCAUAGCCGACCUUCUCCCAGCACUGGGGGAUUAA